AUGCACGAUGGGUGCGCCGCAGCAGGGGGAGCAGCCGCAGGAGCACAAAGGGGUGCGGAGGGGCAGCGCGCGGCAGGUGGAGCGCGGGGCGGCGAGGGGGAAAGGGGGGGAGGGAUGGAGGGCUGGGAGGGGUGUGAGGGAUGGGAGGAAGGCGGGGGGUGGGAGGAGGAGUACGACACGGCCGACCCCUUCAUUGAUGACUCUGACCUCAAGGAGUAUUUUUCCUCCAACCGCAAGGCAAGGCGAGCGGGCUUCUUCGUCAACCGAUCCGACUCUCACCAUUCACCCCCCAGUCCUGCCUUGCCUGGCGGGUCGCCAUCAGCAGCAGCGCGUGCAGCAGGGGGGGCAUCAUUGAGAGGCACACUGCGGGGCGUGAAGCAGGCGGCCAGGGCGGCAGGGGGGGCGGUGGCAGGCAGGGGCGGGCAGGGCAGGGGCGGGCACAAGGCGCAGCGCGUGCCAGCGCUGGGCGUGCGGCGCAGGGGGGCUCUGAAAGGGGGGGUUGGAUUGGGGCAUGGAGGCCGGGGCCCAGGCGUGGGGCUCAUGAUGAUGGGCAUGCGUGGCAGGGGCAGGGGCAGGGGCAGGGGCAGGGGCAGGGGCGGAGGGAGGGGACGCGGGAGAGGGCACGGAAGGGGAACGGCGCGUGGUGCUGCUACUGCUCACGCUGCUGGGGCUGGCGGUGGAGCACAUGAGGCGCGCGCUGCCCUGGCAGCUGCUGAACCGCGUGUGCUGAGGGGAGGCAAGCGGGGGAGUGAUAGAGGCGAAGAUGUGAGGCAUGCAGCAAAGGAUGGUGCUGCUGUGGCUGACCAUGCUUGGCACAUGAAAGACGAGGCUGUUCUCUGUGCAACAUGGCAGCGGGGGGUUGUAUUGUGGGGUGCCAAGGUGGCUCUGAGUGCGCUGCAGUGUGCGAUCCAUGGUGGGGCGGAGGGCUCCUUGGCCUCUGCAAUGGGGCCGGUGGACCGGUGGUACACUGCCCUCUGUACAGAUGGGAUGGGAUCGAUGGGAUCAGGAGGAUCAUGGAAAGACUAG